AUGGACUUAGUGGGACAGGGCGGGCCGGUCGAGGCCAACAGUCUCGAGCUUAUUAAUAAUCAUCAUCACUCCACAGUUGGCUUCGGCUUCGGCAAUGCCGCACCGUACUAUCCAGCACCGUUCGUCCUGGAUUCAAGCUUCUACGACGGUCAAGUGAACUGUUUCAAUUCCAUGGGUUUCAGCUCAAUCUGUAAGUGAUGUUAUCAUUGGUCGAUUACUUUUUAUUAGAACUCUCAAACACACUAUAAAUGUUAUUUUAGCCGUACCAUACUAAUUAUAUUAAUUUUUAUUUAAUUUCUGAAAGUUUUAAAAAAUUGUAGUUGGAUGUUAUGCCCUACAACUAAAUUUAAGCUGUUUAUGUCAUUCAUAUGUUUACAAUAAUGACUUACUUUACUCUUCAGCCAACCCAUCGACGUUCCCUCAACUCCCAGUCAUAGAACCCUCGCCUUCUCAACCCUACCAACUUCAAAAUUCCUCAUUAUGUAGCUCAUACUUAGCCCCGAUCGAGAUCUCAUCUUCAGCUUUGAACUCGAUGAGUGCCUUGUCCAAUAUGGCUGUACCUUCUGUAUCCCCAGCGCCGUCAGCUACUGUAGCCAAGUCUACACUACAAUCGAAGAGCCUCAAGUCAAAGGAAACCAAAAGUAAGAUUUUAAAACUUUUACAGUGUAAUUUUUGUUUAUUUUUAUAUUUUUGAAAGUUGUCGCUAAUUGUAAGUGUAUUUUCUUUAUUAUGUUGCGAUCUUGUCUUUGCUGUGUUCAACUAGAGAGUCAGCAAAAGCUAAUUUUAAAAUUUUGUGAAUCUAAAGGCUUAUCAAAACUUUGAUAUGUACUUUUAGAUAUAUGCAAAAAGCUAGAACGAAGUAAAGUGGAAAAAACCACAGUAAUACAAGCACAGAAGCCGAGAAGACAGCGGACUCAUUUUACAAGUCAUCAGGUACUGUAACUUCAAGUUAUUCCCUCUGUCUUUAUCAUAAAAGCUUAUAGAAGUAAGGUGUUUUGUAGCUAACCUUAUUUGCCCAUUACUUUUGGAAAAACUGUUAUACAGUAAAUUAUAUUAAUUACUGUGGUUUUGAUGAAUUUUAACUUUUAUGUUGUCUACAUUGUUUUAAAUUGAAAUAUGUAUCAGUUCUCUGUAUUUUUAACGAGAAUUCCAUUAUUUGCAACUAUAAAAUGCUAUUUUUUAGCUAGGGGAACUAGAGGAGCACUUCAAACGGAAUCGAUACCCUGAUAUGAGUACGAGGGAGGAGAUAGCCGCCUGGAUCAGCCUGUCCGAGCCCCGUGUCCGGGUAAGUAAUUUGGCUGUUUUGGGUAUUAAUUAGCCAUCUCAUUCCGCCGGAGGUCCCCCGAGACCUCGAUGCGGGAAGCGAGGGCGCAAAGGGACAUAAAAUACGAUGUGUCAAAUCAUAAAAGGAUUGCGCAAUCAUGGACAUAUGGUCGUGACAUGAUGACAACGAAUGCUUUCAGGUCUGGUUCAAGAACCGCCGAGCCAAAUGGCGAAAGAGGGAGCGGCACGUUGUCAGUGAUAGCGUCAAAACUUAUCAGACUGGAUCUGUAAGUUUUGAAAUAAUUAUUCAAAUUAAGCAUAUUAAUAAAAGCUAUAACUUACUUUACUUUCACAAGAUAUACUACUACUAAUGUGUUGUAGGAUACUGUAUUCUACAACAACCAAAACUGGCCAUCAUAUCCGGCUAGCCAGCAAGCCAACUGGACCUUUAAACCCGAGCCCAAAGCCGACUCUAAGGUCGAUGUAAAGCCGGAAACCUUUGACACAAUGGAGAAGGAAAAAGUACAGUAUCCCUAUCCGGCAGAAUAUUUUAACAGUACCUACCCCGCUUCUUACUCUUACCCCGCCAACUUCUCUUAA